AUGGCGCCUGAGGUGCACGACGAAGUUCGCCACUCUGAAGCUGCAGACGUAUUCAGCUUUGGCGUGCUCAUGUACGAAAUCGUGUCACAGGCAUCGCCCUAUGGUGGGAAAGGGACUCCUCGCGCAGCCAUCUGCCAUAUGAAAAGAGAAGGUCAGCCUCCCUGCAGGUUGCCCAAGGACUGCCCAUCGUGGUUGCAAAUAUUGAUGGAGAGGUGUUGUUUGGUCAACCCCCGCCAUCGGCCCACUAUGGGGAAUGUGGGGGAGAUUCUGAGAGGACUGGCCUGGCGGCCAGCAAGAUAUUCUUGGAAAAAAUAA